AUGAGCUCGACACCGGCACCACAGCUGUCAGCGCUCGCCGACCCGCUGGCACUCGCGCGGCUGCAGGUCCUCCUCGUGCCCGUCCACAACUCCGCCAGCAGCAGCAAGGGGAAUGUAGAUCUCACCGACGCUGUCUUCGACCACUGGUCUGGCCUGUUCCGCUCGCACCAGACGCUACGCGGAGACGAGAUCCUGCACGGCGCCUUGUCGCCGCGCUCGCCGAGCGCACGCCCGGGCAAGGAUGGGCAAGGACCUCGCGGGAGAUUCCUGCCCAACGCGUCCGCUGCGUCGAUAUCGCGCGGCGGGAGCUCAAACCACGUCCAUCUCGCCUUUCCGUCCCAGCCGCCAGCAAAGCACCUCUACCCGCUCAGCUUGCUGCGUAUGACGUCGUUUCCACUGGUCGUCGUCGGUAUCGCGGUCGAAGACGGCGACGACGAGGUCGAGGGAUACAGCGUCGAUGGGAAGCUGGAGCCGGCUAAAGAUAAGAAGGGAAGGCCACGACCGACUCUUCAGACACAGGGAUGGGACUCGGCGUUCAGACACACCCUCGCGUCCAUCCUGCCCGAGACGUCGGCAUUCCCGCUCGUCAAGCGCCUGGUUCUUGUGCCAUCGCAGACGCCAUCGCCGAGCUCGAGACAGGGCACCCCGGCGCGGAAGGGCAGUUUGCAACGAAAGGAUUCGAGUACAGGGGGACAGACAGUCGUUCGCGCCCCUCUCGACGGAGGAGAUAACUGGGUCGCGAGGCUGCUGGGAGAGCUCGUCGGCGAGGUGUUUGGCGAGCUCGGGGAACUGGCCGCUUCACUUGAAUCUCCAGCCGGCAUGAACAUCCUCUCGGGCACGCUCCUUCCGUCGUUGUCGUCGGCGAUGCCGUCGCCAAGCCACCCCCAGUCGCCGGCCUCGCCGGCCGCAGCCGCGAGGUCGCGGCCACAAUCUGCCAGCAGCGCAUCGUCCCGCCCUUCAAGCCUGGUACACAGCAACUCGCUUCCAAUCGUCCCGUCGAGUCCAGGCCACGGCGGCGCCUCCCGCACUCUCACGCCCGGCGGUCGACCAACCUCGAUCCAAAACCCGUCCGCACCGCCAAUCCAGGCCUCGGCCAUCGCACCUGCCCCCUCACCUGUGCAGACCUCGUCUAAUCCGUUCAGACGAUCAGGCGUUCUCAGCUCACCGUUCAACCGAUCGUCGUCUGCUAACGCGAACGCGUCUGCCAAUGUCGCCGCAGCAGCCCUCGCGAAGGACAUUGCUGGUAUGGCCAAGUACACGACCGCUCCGUUGGCGGGCAUCGCAGGCGGCCGCCUCCUCAAGCUCCUCGGCGACAUGUACCUCAUCACUGGAAUGUACGCCGACGCCAUCAAGUGCUAUGACGACGGUGCUGAGCGGGCACGCUCUGUUGGCGACGUCCUUUGGGAGGCACUGGCUCGCGAAGGCCGAGCAGUCGCUGGUGUUGGUGAAGCCUGGGAGGCCCGUGACGGAUCAAACCUCUCCACUCCUUUCCCCACGUCCCCCAUCCCUGUCGAAAUCUUAUCUCACUACUUCUCAGCUCUUGCUUGUUUGAGCAGGUCGCCUCUGCCCUUCCCUCCAACCCAGAUCUUAUCACCCACACCACAGACAGCAAGUGGGUCAUUCCCGAUCGGAACCCGUGUGUCGGCUCCACAAAUCGGAACUGGCGAGGGCUUGCUGGCGUACCUCUACACCUCUAUGUGCCUCCGUAUCAGCCACUUUGUGCUGUUGAUCUUCGCCGCGGGCGGCUGGGGGUCGAUUGCCCUCUCCUCGCUCAUCUCUCACACCCUACCACGGUCGUUCCCUCCAUUACUGGAAACGCAGAAUGACCUCUCGGCGCUGAGGAAGAGACGGCUGCUGUUGAAUCAGUUGGCGAGCCAGUCGCAGCUCACUCGCACCUCGAUCCUCGGCCACGCCGAGGCGGCUCUUGGAUCGUACAAACGUGCCAUGCCAAAGACGGAGCAGCUCGCAGUGUACGUCGAAGUCGCCUGGCUUGCACGGUGGCUAGACCUCGAACGCAAGGAGGCCGCCGCGACUAGACAGCUGGCGUCUUUGCUCGUGCAGGUCAUCACGGAGGGCCGCGAGGAGAGCAAGAGAUUCGCUUCACAGCUGGCCACAGACACGGAUGCCGGAAAGGACGACAACGCUACGGGUAUCGGACUUGGGCUGCCUGUUUCGGUCAACGACCCCAGAUCUCUCCGUCGCCGAGAGUCGGCCGAGGGGAAUGCCAGUAUUAUCUCUCUGUUCGAACGAGCGUGCCAAGUCUUUGGCGUCGACCUGUUGUCCUUGGAUGUGGAGCCCAAGGUUUCCACCACCAUCCAGACGGAACGUGAGGCGGAGACCCCGUCGUUUGGAUGGGCCGACUUGCAAGUUGAGCUGUUGAAGGAGGGGAUUGCCAUGGCUGAGGCCCUGCCUGACCACGCCGCCGUCAUUAGAUUCUGUCUCUCGGCCCUCAAGGCCCUCCACACACACCUCACCCCGUCAAAUCAGAGCCAACUCGUCAAGCUGUACCCGAAAGCCCUCAGCAUUAUCCGUCGCCGAGCCAUUGACUUUGACGGCAUUCCCUGGUGGCUCCCUGGACGGAUUGUCCUCAGUGUGGAGAUCUCCAGCUUGUCUGUCAACAAGAUGCCUUUCGAGCACUCGCGCACAGAGAUCUCGACGUCGGAGAAGAAGGAGGGACGGAAAGAUCCAUUCUUAUACAACCCUCGUCUCAAGGGCCCUGGCGUAGGCAAGACGACCUUGGUCGCGAACGAGCAGGUCGACGUCUACGUUACGCUCCAGAACGUGUUCUCCUUCGACUUGGAGAUUCAGGACGUUUCGCUUUUAACCGACGGUGUGCCGUUCGUCACCACUCCGCUGCCAAUAAUGCUGCCUGCAUCGUCCGUCCAGACUGUUCGAGUGACAGGCAUGGCACCGGCCGCUGGGUCAUUACAGAUUAAAGGUGUCAAUGUUCGUCUGAUGGACGGCUCGGCGGCGGAGAUCCUUCUCCCAGUAGCGGACGCCGCGGGCUCGAAACGCGACAGCAAGCGCCGGAGCCACAUCCUGGCCGACGCGGCUAGGACCAAACGCCAGGGCCUGGAGGCUCGUAACUCGAUGCUGCUGUCUGCGGAUGGCCUGCCCGCACUGCCAACCCAGCAGGACGAGCACAAGUGGCUCGAGUGUCAGAUUGUCGAAGAGCAGCCACUGCUGUGGAUCAAGCAGACGUCUCUUACCCACGGCACGGUGAUGCUGUACAAUGGCGAGAAGUCCAUCAUUCGGAUCACGCUGGAGAACAGCUCGACAGUCCCAGUGGACUUUGUCAAGCUGUCCUUUGAGGACUCUGUGUCCAGGGAGGCACAGAUUGUUGUGGCGGAGGGCGAGCUGUCGCCCGAGCAGGCAUACGAGAUUGACUACGAUGCGCUCAAUAGGCCCGUGUUCUCGUGGGACUCGCCGGGCGAUCUCGUCAUUCCUCCUGGAGGCCGAACAGUUCUCACCGUCUACUGUUUGGGCAAGGUCGGAUGCGUCGAUGGAUCCAUUCGGAUCGACUAUGGCUACAUCAACCGCAAGGAAGAGAGCGCGUCCAGCACGUUCUACACCAGGCGUCUGACAUUCCCGAUCCUGUUCACCGUCUACCACACCCUCGAGUGCUACUCGCUGGACGUUGCGCCGUCGUCCGAAGACAAGCAGACGGGAAGCGUCAACGGGCCCACAUCACAGCCCGCCUUCUCCGCGUCGACCGACGACAGCCUGCGGCGAGCACUGAAGGAGACCGACGACCGUGACGUGCUCUUCUGCAUCAACAUUCGCAACGUCUACGGUGUGCCCUUUGAGGUCGCCCUCGGCACUGCUCAGACGGCCGAUGAGUCGGCCGAGCCGCUGGUCGUCACGCGGCUGGUUCCACCCGGUGCGACGGAGCGCCUAGUCCUCCCUAUCAGACGGCAGGGGCUGACCCAGGAGGAGCGUUCCCGCGCCAUCCCGUCGCUCACUGGACGGCAGUACGUCGUACAGAAGGGCAAGCGGUCCGAGGCCGAGCUUGCGCGCACGCGUGAAGCCUUUUGGUUUAGAGAAAAUCUCCUCCAGCUCGUCGAGAUCUCGUGGCGCGAGCCCGGAUCACUCCGUUCCGGAACCCUGUCGUUGCGCGACCAGGCCCUGGCGGGAGCCCAGCUCGACGCGUUCCGCCUCGACGAGCUCGCUGUCAGCCUGACCGUCGAGCCGCGGAACAAGGAGACGCUACAGGCCAUGGACUUUGUCGACCUGCGCAUCAACGUGGCGAACAAUCUCGAGCGCCCGCUACGACCAUACGUCCGCCUCGAGGCCAUCCCCACGUCCUCCAACGACAGCUCGUGGACCUCACCCGCCCCUCCGCCAGCACCAAGACGUGUCAGCUCCCUUCCCGCCACACCUGUACCUGUCGCCAAGACUGUGGCGUUUGACGGCGUCCUCGACGCAACUCUCCCCCUGCUUCAGCCGGGCGAGAGUGCGUCCCAUGUUGUUGGCGCAGUCUUACUAGCCUCGGGGACGUACAACUUCCGUGCCGCGGCUGAGGAGAUUGUCCCCACGUCCUCCAUUCCUCCGACCGUUUGCUUCUCCCCCAACGUGGCAGUCAAUGUGGCGUAG